GCGUUCCUAACAGCCGCGAAUGACAUUAUUCACAUAAAAAGUGUGUUUACUUAUAAACAUAAGUUGUUUUAGGGCCCAGUAAAACUGUCAAAAAGUCCCUUGACAGAAAGUUUUGAAUUCUCUGGUUUGAGGAGCUCAAUGGGUAUGCUUAGAGCUGGCAUUGGUCUUUUUCGGAAAUUAAUUGCCUACCUCACAAUAUGGAAAAUUGCAUUCGUUCUUUUAGUUCUCCAUACUCUGUUCUGGAUAAUUGGUUAUUGUUCUGGCUGGCGUUUCCGACGGAUCGGUUUCUUCUCUAUCCAUGGUUUACAGCACACUUUCUCUAAUGGUUCUUCAAUCAUUGUUCCUUCGUUUAAAAUUCGUGUACAUAGACCUUCACCCUCAAAUCCUUAUGCUGUUACGUUCGUUAUUAAAGGCUUGACCAUUACUCAACUAAAUUUGAAGAAUUCUGUCUCUUCCACACGGAAUGAGUCACAAAAGGGCGCAAAUGCUAGCGGUCCUCGUCAUCUCGUGGACUGUUUGAGGCUGUUCAAGAUUCAGAAAUAUGUUAUGCGUGUUCUUCGAAGCAAGUUCAUGCUUAUGAUACAUAUUACAUUCCGUGAAAUGCGAUUUGUCCUCCAAGGUGGUGAGGUCAUUGAGUUCGGAAGUGUAUCACUUGGUGAAACAUCUGAGACCGACCUUAUUGAUACUACGAAUGUGCUUGGAGGUGACUUACAAACCUCUCAUCGACAAUUGUUUAUUCGGUUUAUUGAUUUGGUACUUGUCGAACGCAAUGGAGAACAGUUUUACGUGAAUGAUUUUACCACGUUUUCUCUUAGCUUUAAAAAUGCCGAGGAGCUGUUUCCCAAAACGAAAAAACUUUUGGACGUUUUCGAAUUAGGUAUCAAGAUUGGCAGACUGGAUUUGAAUCUCAACAGUCCUCUUUUCAUUGACAUGUUUUCAAAGAGUGAUAAACGUGGGGAAACAGAUGCAUGUAGUUCACACCAAGAAUCAUCAUGGAAAUUAAAGGACGAAGAUUACUCGGCAUUGUUGUUGCAACUUCAGGAAGUACAUAUGCAAGUUGGUACAUUUUCAGUUGUCAUACAGCACUUUGUUGAAAAGAACUCAAUUCACAAAGUCAAAUGUAAUGAUAUUGGCUUCACUUUCAACAAGUUGAAUCAAAACAACUCGUCAUACCGACUUUUUUUUGACCAGAAUGUUACUGCUCAUCAAGUAUUAUUAACGGCCUUAAAUGUGAAUAUUGAGAAUCUCUUGCGUUCACAAAAAAAACACGUACUUUUGGACGUUCCACUGCUUACAGUAACGGGUUUCACUUCCAUGUUUACACAACUUUUCUGCACGCCUUUUUCCCAUUCUAGAAUACGUUCUUGUCCACUACGGAUUGAGAGUUCUGUUGCUUCUCCUUGUUUAGAUGUUCGGCUACAUUUUGUCCAGCAGUUUAUAGAUGCUUUGCGGAACAAAACAACGAGUAGCACGCGUUCUAAAAGCUCAGACUCCUUGUUCUCCAAAUUUUGUCAGCUUCCUAGUUUGGAUGUAUCUCUCAACAUGAAUCAUCCAACAUUUCGUUUAUUUAUUUCAAGCGUGAAGGACCCUUUUAACUAUGAUUCCCCUGGAAUGCUCGUCGCAAGUUUGUCAACGAUGCGAGUUAAUUUACAUCCAUCAGACAAUGAAAAGCUUUUAUCAGCAGUCAAACUUGCGGCGCGUCUUGGCAAUAAUACGGUUUUCUUUCUGGACCCACAGAAUAAUAAGAGUACUGUUAAUCUAUCGGACACUAUACACUUUACAUGCGACUAUUCUUUCUUUGAACAAAAGGCUCGUAUUGAAUGUGACUAUCAACGUAUGGCUAUUUUUGUUGAUCAAAAGGCAAUUAUCGAUUGUUUGAAGCGUAUUCAACACACGGUUUUAGACAUAAAGAGGGAUUUUUCCUCCAAAUCAGGAAAAGCGCGUCCAAAAAAACAAAGCGACUGUUUUCUUCCUCAAUGGCUUCAACAUUUUAAGCUUUAUGGUUCUGGUUUCGAUAUGUCAGUUUGCGAUUAUGAAAAUGAAAAAUCCAAUACAUCGUGCGGAGCCCACCUUCGUAUUCGCAAUAUGGAAGUUAAAACUACUGGUCGUAAUAAGCCGUUGGAACACACUCAAGACAUAAGGUUUGGUUUUCACCAUGUCAGUUUAAAGAGUAAGCUUUCAAGUAUAUCGGGAAACUACCAUGAAACUCUACUACUCGUUGCUCCCCAGCUUACGUUGUAUCAUACAACCAUUUUCGAACCGAGAAGUAAGAAUGUCCUCACGAGGCUACAUGGCGAUAUCAAUGCUUUAAGGGGAGAAUACUCAAUGCUCGAUAACUUCUGCUUAUUGAAAGCGUUUGAUGUUUUAAGAAGCAUCUUGAGUAAGCCGGAAAAUGAACCGGCUUCAAAAAACCUGAAGGGAAAACAAGCAAUACUACCUUAUUCCCACGAAAAACAAUAUGAUAUUCGUGUACGGGGAUCUCGAUUUAAAAUGAUCUUGCAUGAUAAUGCCCGCCUUCUUCUCGAUAUUACUGAUCUUCAUAUGCUUAAAGAGCAAAGAAGUCGUUCGUGGGAAUUAACCAUGGAUAGUUUACAGAUUCAUACUUGGAGUAAAGACGAUGAGAAUUAUUGGCUUCCGCUUAUUUUAUUGACUCAUAUUCAUUACUUUAUGACAAAGUCUGAUCACCAAAGAAUGCUGCAUCAUUUCAAUACUAACAGUAUCUGCAUCCGUAUACCUCAUGGAUUCAUCCCCUAUAAGCUAAUUGAGAGUCUGAUCAACACGGUUAAAGGUGCUAUUCGUCUUGUAAAACCGCCUAUUACGGUUCAAGAGCAACACGUUCAAGCUCAAAUCCCUAACGAACCGAAGAUCUCUCCUCAUAUAAAUAUUAAGGCUUCAGCAUUCAAUUUUGAAAUUGAAGAUGAUCCAUUUGAGGUUAAGCUAGCGAUUAUCUUCCGCACUGGAUUGGCUGAACAGGAAUUGCGUCAAAGUCGAUGGGAAGCAUUCGAAAACAGAGUAAUGAAGCUUCGGACUCGUUACUUAGAUGACACUUUUAGCAACUCAUCAUUUGACUUCAAUACUAGCUUCAAGGAUUAUCAAAGUCAUGCAGAAGAUCCUGAAGUUAACGAUGCAACAGAACAAAAGAGAGUAGAACGUCUGAAUGAUCUGAACAAGAGCUUUGCCGAAUUCUUUAUGAAUAACGAUGACAACGAUGAGCAAUUUUUUAAUAAUCUUUCAGUCACCGUUACAGAAGCACGGCAACGAUUGAUGGAAUACGACUCACUUUCUUGGAUUGUGAACCUUAAGCGUGUAAGAGGUUUUCGCUACAACAGACUGAAACGGAAGAAGCACGAUGUUUGGAUAAAAGUCCCUUCAUUAAAUGACAAUGUUUUCUUCUCGGAAAAGAUUCUUCCAAUAUCAGUGAGUCCGCCCUUAAUGGAUAUUGCUGCUCAAUCUUUUGACUUUACAAUGGAUAAGCCAACCUUUCCAUUAGAUGAACUGCCAGAAUUUCUCAACAGAGUUGGUAAUGGUCAGCCAAAGGAUUAUCAGUAUUCAAUUUAUUUCCCUAUGUCUAUUGAUUGGAAAAUGAACCAAGCAAGCUUGUACAUUCGUGAUUAUCCAAUUCCUAUGAUUUUUAUUCCAGCCCAACCCAAACGCUGUCAUGAUGAAUUGUCUUCGUGGUUACUUAAAAGCAAUAUAGUAAUUACUGAACAAGUCCCUACUGAAGCAGCUAUAAGAGAUGUUACCGUUCAAGUUGUUCCUGCCAAGCUGGGCAGUAGUCUUAUCAACCCAUUUGCUGUGAAUGUUACUCGUACUGUUUCUCCUAUAAAAACGUUUUCAGAUACUCGGAUCUACAUUCGUACACCCCUUCCCACGACUUUGCUGUGGUGUACUUCAUAUCAACCUGCUUUUUCUGACAUUAUUCGAAUUACGGAUAGUUUUACAAAGCUUCCCGUAGAUCCCUCGGAAAAACUUGGUUUUUGGGAUAAGCUGCGUUUAAUUACUCAUUCGCAAAUUAGGGUUCGCUGGGUUGGUAAUGGUGAUGUCCUCUUUUCUCUGAAAGGAUCUCGAGAUCCUUACAUAACUUUGGGCUCGGGAGCCGGUUUUCAAAAAUGUUGGUCUGGCAAUGUUGCAUGGGACAUUAAUUGUGAUAAAGAUCCUAGGAACUUUAUGACUGUCGACAGCAAUGAGUUUUAUCUUAGUGUGCCAGACUUCCCGAAACAGGCCUCGACCAUCUGGAAUUCCAUGUAUGAUGAAACCACUGAUAUGCAUGAUAUGGAAACAAAAGAUAUCGUUAAGAGUAGAGAUUUACGAUGUCGAAAAAUUAUAGCAAAACUCGUUGGGCAAGUCCGAUGGAGAUGUGGAUUUGUUCCUGAAAGAGCCUGCGGAAAACAUUGUGAUAAGUGUAAUGGUCAACGGAAGUGCCGCUUGUGGAAUUUCAAACCUCAUUGGGACAUUGUCACAAGGAUUCCAAAAUUUUGUGAGCCAGAUUCCGAAGGACCUUAUGAUGCCUACAGGGGAUUUCGCAGUGACUUUUUUCAUUGUUCACUUGCUUUAGAGUCUCCCAGGUUUCUUGAUGAUGAGAAUCGCUAUUCUGAGGUUAAAUCAAGUAAUACCAUUCAUCUUACGCCUUUGGUUUUUGCCCAUUUCUUUGACUGGUGGAGAUUGUUUUCAAACAAUAUGUCAUAUCCACUGCGUUCAGGUUCCCUUUAUCCAAGUGAGAAUAACAAGCCUGAUAAAAAGUUUGGCCGUUACCUAGCGACGUUUAAGUAUUGCCUGGAAAUAGCACCUCUUUUCAUCAGCCAUGUCUAUCGGUACAAGACUUCAAAAGAUUUACACACCAAGUGCACAAGUACAACUGGUAUAAAGGCUAAGGUAGAAAGAUUUACCAUCGAUUUACAUCAACGAAAAGAAAAGCAUGUCUAUCUUUCUAAAGAUUCAAAACUUAAAGAGGUUUCCACCAUGAAGAUGCAUCUUGGAAAGGUCGAUUUUAGAGCAGUUGAUCUAAGAGUCUUAAAUGCCUUGUUUGAUGAAAGCAAUGUGGAAAGUGAUAACAAUUAUCAACACCAACCCGCCUAUUUUAACAAUACAAACAAGGAUAUGUUUGAAAAAGUGGAAGGACCUUUGGAGUGGAUUGAUCAAGAUGAUUUCCAUGAAAUCGAUUGGUUACUUCCACAAUUCGGGUCAAUUUGUUCCAUUUAUCCUUUCGCGUACUCGCCCAGGUUCACUUACUAUCGACAUACUGUGGCUCAACAUGAACCAAGAAAGAACAAAGAUGGUCAAAAACCAGAGUGUCGAUUUAAUCAAGAGAAUACGCACCGUUGUCUUUUAAGCGAGGAAAAUACGUCGCAAAUCCAGACGGAAAUUCUCGAUGCGCGGCAAGAGGAGCUUAAGGCUCUUGUUGUAGAAUCAGAAGAACGAAUUGCUAAGCUUAAUUCGCUUCCAAACAGUGCUACAGAAUUCAUUCAAAAAGAAAUUGAAAAAGAACGGAAGAGCAUCGAGUUGGUACACGCCAACAUAAGAAUAUUUGAUCAGUUGAGAAAACUCGCGCUUGAGAAUACUGACGAGGACUCAGCGCAACAAUCUCGGAAAACAGAUCAUUACGGUUUUGUGUAUGCUCGAUUUUCUGAUUCAAUUACUGAAUUCAAUAAUCGUUUUGUGGUCCAUAAUGUUCAGAUCAAAUGGAAUCACUUUGUGCGCGAUACGUUUUUGGAGUACAUAAAUGAAGUCGAUAGAAGACGGGGCUUUUCCUAUUAUAUGUCUCAAAGAGCUAUCCGAUUUCUUCAGGGUUUGCUAGAGAAGCAGGAAGCCCCAGUUGAUACCGAUUUUUUUGAUACUUAUGUCGGUCCGCGAAAUGAAGAGAAGCGAGAAGAAACCAAAAAUUUGAUAAAGUUCCUCAUGGAUGAUAUAGACAAGCACUUUGUUGUUAAGUGUACGGAUUCAGGAGCUAGGCAUCCUGGAGCUACAAAUUCAAGUGGAAGCUUUUCUCUCAAAGAUGAGCAUUAUGAUCUCGUGAACAGUUACAUCUUUCGAUUUAUUGCUCCGCAAAUUCAAUUUCAGAGCGCUGUAAAUCCGAACACGUCUGUUAUUGUUUCAGUUCAAAGUAUGCAAAUGAAAAUUCUCAGUGUGCUUGAUCCAUCAUUGUCAGAAGACGAUUUGAACAACCUUGUUGAGCAACGUUUCCUCGUAAAUGUGAGCGAAUCUCAGUUCUUCAUUGCUAAGCGAGCUUACUUUUCGAAACAGAACGCCAAGUUUCUUGUCGCAAAUAACUACGGUUCUGAUGCAAACAGCUUCUAUCCUCCGUGGGUCCCUCUGGAGGCAACAUUUGAUUUUGUUCUGACUCCUCCUGGAUUCUUUCGGUUCCUCGACAGAAUAUCGUUCUCUGCUGAAUAUACAAAGCACAAUGCGUUGCGCCUAAAGCGAACUGUUGCAGCUACAAACGGGCACUUUCAAGACCUGGAUUCGCACACAAAUACUAUUACUGUCGAUUUUCCAAAAGUUGUCUGCUAUACGGAUUCGUCGCAGUACUAUGAAAUAUUCACCAUCGUUACGAACCUUCUCUUGUAUAAAGAACCAAAUCAAAAAAGACGGAGCAAGAGAAUCGAGGAGAUUUUGCUGACUGCUGAUUUCACGGAUUUGGAAGGAACCCCGGAAAUCGUUCGUGCUUUGCAACGAAGAAUUAGAAAUUAUGAAGCGAUUAAACAGCACUACCAGCUUUAUGAUAUUACGCUAAAUGUUCAACGGCAUGUCAAGCAACAAUACUUUCUUCAAAACGAAAUUUUUGAAACUGAAGAAGAGCUAUUCUACAUCAUGGAGUCAAUUGCGCUUGCACAACGACAGGUCGGACAGUCUGAUAGACGUCCUCGUUUAAGCUGGUUGAUUAUGACGAAAGAGGUUAUCUGGCAUUUAUUAGAUGAGCACCAUAAAAAGUUUUUGGACAUUGCUUUGUAUAGAGCAUCUUUUAGAAGGGUUGAUAAUACGGAUUCCUCUAAUUCAAAUACCGUUGAAAUUGGACUACUGAAGGGAACAAGCUUGUUCGAAGGUGCACGAUUUUCAAAUGUUAUCUCGCCGUACUUUGAGGUGGAUAGUGACAUUGAGCAAUUGCACCAGGAAAAGCUUAUCCGAAUUCACUGGCAGGUGCAGGACGCUGUUGCUGGUAUCCCUUUGUUUGAACAUGUCGAAUGCUCACUUUUCCCUUUGCGUCUACAAUUAGAGCAGGAACUGGUUAACUUGGUUUUCAAUUAUGUGUUUCCGAAACAGUCUGAGGGAAUGGAAGGUGCAUCCAUUCUUUCUCGUAUUAGAAAACGUAAACAGCAAAGCGACUCAAAGUCAGAUAAACCUCCAGUAGAGAGGUCGGCAAGUGCUAUGUCUCGAGUGAGCUCCCGGACAGGCAGCACAAUGGCUACGUCUCGGGUACAGUCGAGUCAAAUGUCUGUUGCUAAUACCUACUUUGAACUUGACGAGGAUGCAAGAGCUGAGUUGAAUACAAUGCUAGAACGCGCCGGCUCUUUCUUCGCAGUUACAUACUUCAAGGUUCCAAGUGUGGUUCUCUGCUUUAGUUACCAUGGCCAAGGUCAUUUGGGACUGGAUAACAUUACAGACUUUGUAUUUACAAUGCCAACGAUGGAGUAUCGUAAUGAGAUCUGGUCGCUGUUGGAAGUUACCAUGCAAUUAAAACAUGAUAUGUUGCGUGUAAUAUUGAAUCACUCUGGAAAGUUGAUUCUCGAGAAGUUUACAGGAACAACUUCAAAGAAUUCUAAUUCGGACCGCUUGGAACAAGAACUGGAGGAUCCAGAGACUGGUUUCCUUAGUAGCUAUAAUGACGAAACGGUGAGGAGUCUUACUGCCGGACAAUCGCCUGUGCUGGACACUCAAACGUCGAUGAUAACGAACGCUGCUAGUAUACGUUCACGGCAUUCACAAAAGUCAUUUUGGAAGACUCAAGGUCGCCGAAGCAAACAAAUCUCACAAGUCAUAAAGAAGCAUAUUCCACACCUGAAUCUCACAUUCACUACUUCGUCAACAUCUAACCAAGAGCAACCGGCCGAGAACACUAAUCAAAUCAGUAAAGAUGCUCUCAAUAACCUUAAGCGUGAAAUUGUUCUUGGUGACAGCUCGGGAACUUUAACAAAUGAAGGUCCUCAAUGAGAUUUUCGUCUUGCCGCAAUUCGUAUGCGAACAAUAACUUACUGUUCCCCUCACACUUCUCUACUUUUAUUGUUACUUUCUCUCUUCUACUUUCUAGUUUCCUGCACUUUUGUUCCUCUUUCAACUCAACAAUUUUGUUUUUUUGUUUCCUCCCCCCUUUACCUAUCCCUUCCCGAGUAAGGCAUGAAUAUAGAACAGCAAUGAAUUUUUCCAUGUAAUGUAA